AUGCAGAUCUUUAUUAGAUCUUUGAGCGGCAAAGUCUUAACUGUUAACUGUAAAUCUAGCACGACCAUUGGAAAAAUCAAAUACAAGAUUCAAGCCAAGGAGGGAAUUCCACAAGAUCAACAGCGACUUGUUUUUGCUGGCAAGCAACUCGAUGAUGGUCGUAAUCUUAAUGACUACAACAUUUUCAAAGAUUCUACACUUCAUCUUAUACUCCGUCUUCGUGGUGGCGGCGGUGCUAUAAAUUACUUCCUUCAUCCUGAACACCUUGACCCUCAAUAUGAUUUUGAUUUCACUAAUAUCACAGAUACUGGUGUUACUUUCUACAGAGGCCAACGUCAAUAUAAUCGCCCAGUAGGAUGGAAAAGGAUUGCUUUGAAGGUGACCAAUAAGUACGGAAAUGAUAACACGUGGCUCGGUACAAGAAGCCGACACUUUCGCUAUCAUUCUGAACCAGAUGAGUGGCCUGUCUCCUUUCAUGGAACUGCAAAACGUAACGGUAGAUCAAUUGCCGAAGAUGGUUACGACCUAAGCAAAGGGAAACAAUUCCUUUAUUCCCAAGGCAUCUACACUACUCCAGAUGUUAGUGUCGCCGAACGUUAUGCUGAGAAAUUUACCCAUAAUGGCGUUCAAUAUCGUGUAUUGUUUCAAAAUCGUGUUAAUCCAGCGACCUUGUCAAUUAUUUCUGCCGCGGAGACUGGUUAUGGCGAAUAUUGGAUUUCUCCUAAAGGAUCCGGUAAGUAA